UGUGUGUUCGUUCACACAACGCGCGCGGCAAACACACACAGAGCGCAUUUUAACGAACUUUGUAACGUACAGCGACGCUUUGAUAAUGAGCAUGAGAGACUGAGAGAAAACGGUUAGCGUUGAUGCGUGCAAAAUAAUUCAGUGUUGCUUCUCUUUUUUGGUCGGUUACCAUUUGAUUUGCAUUAAAUGUGAUUUCGAUAUAUAUACGCAUUUUUUUCUGUUCAUUUUUCCGUGGUGUCGGUCGACAUUUUUUAUUCAACUUCGCUUCGUUGAGAGCGCGUGAGAGAGAAUAUUAAAUACAUUUAGCCUCCGAUAAUUUGAAAUCGGAUAAAGCCGUUAUUCUUAACGUGUGAAAUCAACUGAAAAAAAGUAAAGAUGGCAGAAAAACCAAAGCGUCCUCUUUCCGCAUACAUGUUGUGGUUGAACGAUAACCGCGAAUCAAUCAAACGUGAAAAUCCAGGCAUCAAAGUCACAGAGGUUGCCAAGCGAGGUGGUGAAUUGUGGCGCGCAUUGAAGGAUAAGAGCAAAUGGGAGCAAAAAGCCGUCGAAGCCAAAGACAAAUACACCAAAUUAGUCAAAGAGUACGAAGCAAAUGGCGGUGGCAAAGAGUCUGGCAAGAAGCGUGGCUCCAAGCAAACACGAAAGGCCCCAACCAAGAAGAGCAAGAAGCAAGCUGACUCAGAGGAUGACGAAGAAGAAGAUGAAAGUGAUUAGAUUAAUUACUUGAAGAAGACUUCAGAUCAGCGAAACAUCCAUCAUUCGAAGCGAUAACAAAACAAAACAAAACAAAAACAAACAAAAACAACAAAAAAAUGACUUGAAUUGUGUUUUGAGUAAAAAAUAAAAUAUAAAAAAAAAAAUGAAAGAAAAAUCACACACACAAAAAAAUACAAAAUGAACAAACAAACAAUACAAAUGAAAUGAAAUGAAAAGAAAAAAACAUAAGAAUCACUUAAGGAAAAUCGCAUGAACUAUUCAAUAUGGUUUCAUUCUGUUCUAAAUUUUGAACGUAACUGAUUUUGUCUGCAUGUUUGAAUAAUUCAGGAUUUUUUUUUUCGUUUCUCUAUAAUUAAUUGUCUUUUUUUCUUUCAUUUUUUUCUCGUAAAAGUUCAAAUUAAGGAAGAUUUCAUUCAUUUUUCAGGAAUAAACAAAAAAAAAAUACAAUUUCUUUUCUUUUCAGUAGAUUUUUAAUUUUCUUUCACUCUCAUUUUUUAAUGAAAUAAAAUUAAGUUGUUUUGAAAUCGUAAAUAAAUUGUAUGUAUUUUUUUUUCUUUUCUGGAAAACAAAAACGCAUUUCAACACAAACACAAAACAAGAGAAAAAAAUACUCUAGACAAAUGAGGAAAAAAAACAAACACACACACACACAGCAUUAACAGAAAUAAUUAGAUGUUUGAAUAUUACACGUAGGGAUUUGCUUUCAACGAAACAACUCUUGAUCAGUUUUAAUGAAAUAAGAUUUAAACAACACAAACACAUGAAACAGUAAAAAAAAAUUACAAAAAACGAGAAACAAUGAAAAAAAAUCUAAUACACACAAAAAUGGACAGAAAAAUGUGAGGUUUUAAACAAAGCCAAAAUAAAACUUCAUAAACUUAGCCAUAAAUUGAUGUCUUACGUAGAUGUGAAUUCCAUGUAAAGAAAAGCAUCGUCACAAUCCAGAUUAUAUACAGUUUAGAAAGAAAAACACAAGCAGAAAAGAUAACGAAGAGAAAGAGAAGGAAACGAAGAAAAAAAAGAGAGGGAAAAUUAUAGCAUUGAAAUAGUAUUAUUCCAUCAAGCCCUCUAAUAACCAAGACAAUGUGCAAAUCAAGAACAUCGAUAUCAUGUUGAGUUCUAUUUCAAAGAGAUUUUACACCCUCUUUCGAUCAUUUCUAAUGCUUCUGAUCUCAGACUUGGAACCAUAACACAAACAUUCACUUUUCGAUGCAAUGUUCAAAUUGGAGGAUUUUUGAUGGAAAAUGAAAUGAGUUUAAGCUGAAAAAAAAAAUACAACAACAACCAAAACCGAUAGAGAACUUAACGGAACGAAAAUCAACAAUUUAACAAAAAAAAUUAAGAAAACAAAAACAAAAUGGAAACAUGCAAAAUCGUAAUGUUUUACUCUCAUUCAUAAACGUGCACACCAUUGUAAUGCAUUUACCCAAUGUAACGUAACGUUAGUUUAAAGUGUUUGUAAUUCUUUGUCACUUUGUAUCCUCCCAUGUAUUUGUUCGAAAUGAAUAAAGUGAAAAUUUCUCAAUCCUGUAAA